AUGGAAGUGUGGAAAAGCAUCACCUCCUCUAACGCCAUCAAAGAGUUAUACUCCACCUCCCACAUCAACUCCGCCAACCCCUUCAUACCAAGCAUCACCUCCUCCGACACCAUCAACAUCGACUCCGCCAACCUUACAUCCCAAACGUCACCUCCUGCGGCACCAUCAAUGAGUUAUAAUCCACCUCCAACAUCCAAGCCUCCAUCAUCAACACCACCAACACCUUCAUCCCAAGCCUCACCUCCCCCUACCCCAUCCAACAAUUAUACACAGCCACCUACUUCAACUCCACCAAGCCCAUCAUCCAAACCACCAAAAUCAACUCCACCAACCCCUACAUCCCAAGCAUCACCUCCUCCGACUCCAUCAACAUCAACUCCACUAACCCCAACAUCCCAAACAAUACCUCCUCCAAAACCAUCAACAAGUUAUAAACCACCUCAUACAUUAAAUCCACCAACAUCAACUCCACCAACCCCUAUAUACCAAGCAUCACCAUUGCCAACACCUUCAACAUCAACUCCACCACAAUCAAAUCCAUCAACCCCUACACCAUCAAAGAGUUAUACUCCACCUCCCACAUCUAAGCCCCCAACAUCAACUCCACCAACUCCUUCUUCCAAAGUAUCACCUCCUCCAACACCGUCAAAGACUUAUACUCAUCCUCCUACUUCUAGUCCAUUAAGUUACACACCAACGCCAUUUCCUAUCUUAACUCCAUCUUUGACACCAAUUUUAACUCCUCCUAAACCUAGUAAAGUAUCUCCAGGGCCAACUCCGACACAAACACCAAUUUUGACUCCACCAAAACUUGGCAAGGCAUUUCUAGGCCCAGCUCCGACACUAACACCAGUUUCGACUCCUCGUAAACCUAACAAACCAUCUCUGAUCCCAGCUCCAACACGAACACUAGUUUCAGCUCCUCCUAAACCUAGUAAAGCAUCUUCAGGCCCAAUUCUAACUCAAAUAGCAUUUUUGGCUCCACCUAAACCUGGAAAAGUAUCUUCAGGCCCAGCUUCGACUCGAACAAUUGUUUCAGCUCCCCCUAAACCUGCUACAACAUCUCCAAGCCCAUCUUUGACUCGAACACCAAUUCAGCCUUCACAGAAACCUCCUAAACCAUCCCCAAUUCAUGCUCCUGCUAAUUCACCAAGUUCUCCACGGAAACCUCCUAAGCAAUCUCCUAUCUUGACCCCAGCUCAAUCACCGGUUUACCCUUCUCAGAAGCCUUCUAAGCCAUCUCCAGUCCCAGCUCCUACUCAUACUCCAGUUUCAACACCUCCUAAACCAUUUCCUAUCCCAAGUCAUACUCAAACACCAAUUUCUCCACUUCAGAAACUUCCUAAGCCAUCUCCAAUCCUUGCUCCAACUCAUGCCCCUAUUUCAGCUCCUUCUAAACACUCACCAGUCCCAACUCCAACUCAAACACCAAUUUCUCCACCUCAAAAACCUUUUAAGCCAUCUCCAAUCCUGGGUCCAACUCAUACCCCAGUUUCAACUCCUCCUAAACACUCUCCAGCCCUGACUCCAACUCAAACACCAAUAUCUACAACUCAAAAACCUUCUAAGCCAUCUCAAGUCCCAACUCCAGUUUUGACACUAAUUUCGACUCCUCCUAAACCCACAAAGCCAUCUCUAACCCCAGCUCCAACUUCUACACCAAUUUUAGUUCCUCCUAAGCCAUCUCAUUUCCUACCAUCAGUUCAAUCGCAUGCAACAACACCAUCUUCUACACCAGUUUUAGCCCCUCCUAAGCAAUCUCUUGUCACACCAUCAGUUCAAUCACAUCCACCACUACCAACGUCCAGACCACCCACGGUUCAAUCUCACCUGCAAGCACCAACACCCACACGAUCUUUAAUUCCUCCUCUAACUCAUGUGAUUUCUACACCACCACCAAAACACGAGGACUUCAUUCUCCCACCAAACUUGGGGUUGCAAUACUCUUCCCCACCUCCACCAAUGUUCCAAGGCUAUUAA